AUGAAAAAACCAUUUUUUUUUUUUAAAUCUCCCUGCAGCGUCUCUGCAGCUGUGUCUGCUAUUCAGAAGUUAACACGCGUGAGGGUGGUCGACAACAGCGCUCUCGGAAAUGCCCAUCACCACCGUCCACCAAAAGUCAUUCACGUAUACACCAAGAACGGAGUAGGUAAAGUGGGAGACAAAGUCUUGCUAGCCAUUAAAGGACAGAAGAAGAAAGCUCUCAUAGUGGGCCACAAGAUGCCUGGAGAUCGAAUGACCCCACGCUUCGACUCCAAUAACGUGGUUUUGAUAGAAGAGAAUGGAAACCCCACAGGAACGAGAAUAAAAGUUCCUAUUCCGACGAAUCUGCGCAAAAUGGAGGGAGAA